UUUAUUAUCUCUACAUAAAUAAAUGACAUUCGGUGAAGUUUGAGCGUGUGGGGAGCGAGCUGUGGCUGCGGAGCUAACAAGAGCUAACCCACUGUGAGCUAACGCCAGGCCAACUGUGGGUCAUCGGAGGCUAUGUGAAUAGCAGGUGAUCCACGGUGUGCUUGCUCGGACAGCGGUGAAUCAUACCCAUCAAGAUGCCAGCAGUGUCCACCAGUGGUGCGAAGCAGUUGUACCUCUCUACGUCUCUGGGGGAACUCAACAAGAAGGCUGAGAUCAAGCCUGACAAGACAGGCACCAGAAGCUACGUUCAAAGUGCCUGUAAGAUCUUUAAGGCCGCAGAGGAGGGGCGUCUGGACCGGGAUGAGGAGAGGGCCUACGUCCUGUACAUGAAGUAUCUCACUGUGUACGACCUCCUCAAGAAACGGCCAGACUUCAAGCUGCAGCAGGAGUACUUCCUGUCCUUGCUGGGGCCAACCAGCUUCAAAAAAGCCAUAGAAGAGGCUGAGAAGCUAGCAGAAAGCCUCAAACUCAGGUAUGAAGAGGCAGAGGUUCGUAAGAAGCUAGAGGAGAAGGAGAGACAGGAGCUGCAGGCGAGGAAAGAAGAGAAGGCUGUAAAGGACGUCAGCAGAUUGUCUCCCAAAGGCACCUCAGCCAACGCCAAAAAGGUCAAAGGAGAGCAGAAUGAACUGAAGAGUGCACUGAUUAAAGUGCCCGGAACGCCACCAGGGGGCAUCACGGCGGAGAAGCUGUUCCACAUGAUGAAGGACCAGGCCAUCACACUCAUCGUCAUGGACGCCCGCAGCCACCAGGACUUUGAGGAGUCCCGCAUCCAGGUCCCUGCCCAAACGGUGAUCAGCGUUCCUGAGGAGGCGGUCAGCCCGGGGAGCACGGUCCACCAGAUCGAGGCCAAGCUCCCGGAGUCGUCCCGGGACCAAUGGCGCCGGCGGGGUUUUGUAGACUACCUGGUGCUGCUGGACUGGUUCAGCGCCGUCCCGGACCUCAAACUGGGAACCACUCUACGCAGCCUCAAGGACGCCCUCUACAAGUGGGACAGCAUCACCGCCAUCCGCAGCGAGCCGUUGGUCCUGGAGGGGGGCUAUGAGAACUGGCUGCUCUUCUACCCCAUGUACACCACCUGGGCCAAAGUACGGCCCCCCAGACAGGACGUCAUCAGCCUGCUCCCUCAGUUGAACUUCAGCUACCCCUCCCUGGAGGACCCGAAGCCCCCGGCCCCCGCCCAGCCGGACCCCCCGCCGGCCCCCGAGCCCCAGGCCCCUCCGGCCCCGCCCCAGGUCAACGGGGUCGGACCCCCGGUGCAGGCGGUCCCUGAGACCCACGUCCUCCCAGACCGGCUGCCGGACUCCACCGACGCCCCCGCCAGCUCCUCCCAGAGCGCCCCCCCGGACCUGGCCAAGACAGGACCCCCAGCGGCCCCCACCACCACCACCACCACCCCCAGCCCCGCUCCGGUCUCGGCCGCUAAGGCCACCCCCCAGAUCGACCGGACCAAGAAGCCCUCCGUGCGUGUGUCGGGCGACCCUCGUCCCGGUCCGGACGCGGAUCCCGGGGGCCCCUCGAUGCCCGACCGCUCGGGGAAGCCCCCGGUCCAGAGCGAGGACCGGGUCCCAGGGGACCAGGACCCCCAGGAGGCGGACCCCGGCUCCAAAGACAGGGAGGAGGGCGGGGCGGCGAGGAGGGAGGAGGAGUCUCACCUGGACAGGAAGAGGCUGGAGAGGCAGACCGCCAAGGAGGAGGAGGAGGAAGAGGAGGAGGAGGGGGGGGACAGGGUGAACGGGCUGGGAGGGGUGAGGCGGAGGAGGGGGAGGGAGCUUGGCUCCGACUCCCCCGGCAAGAGCGCGUCCCUGGACUCUCCCGCGGCAAACCGCAUCGUCAGCGAGGUCAAGAGAGAGCCCCUGACCAGAGCCAGGAGUGAGGAGAUGGGCAGGAGUAUUCCGGGACUUCCUAAUGGCUGGAUGAAGUUCCUGGACACGGUGACGGGGACGUAUCGCUACUACCACUCGCCCACCAACCGCGUGCACCUGUAUCCCCCCGAGGUCACCGUGCCCCAGACCCCGCCCCCCACCCCGCCCACCGCCAAGCCCCGGACCUCCCGCGGCGCCGGGCCGGACGCGGGCGCCGACCGGGGGGCGGAGCACGAGCAGUCGAAGCUGAAGCGGUCGUACUCGUCGCCGGACAUCAGCCAGGAGCUCCGGGACGAGGCGGUGAAGAAGAGCAGCACCACCACCGCCAACGCCGCCGCCGCCGCCGCCACGCCCACCUUCAACAGAGACACCAAACCGGCCACUAAGGCCUACCCCAAGGUGGAGAUCGCCCGGCCGUCGGCCGCCAAGAUCCGGAACCUCAACCCGGUGUUCGGGGGGGUUGGAGCCUCCCUCACCGGCCUGCGUAACCUGGGCAACACCUGCUACAUGAACUCCAUCAUGCAGUGUCUGUGCAACACCCCCGCCAUGGCAGAGUACUUCAACCAGAACUACUACCAGGAGGAUAUCAACAGGGCAAACAUCCUGGGCCACAAGGGGGAGGUGGCGGAGGAGUUCGGGGUGAUCAUGAAGGCGCUCUGGUCCGGCCUCUACAAGAUCAUCAGCGCCCGCGACUUCAAGAUCACCAUCGGAAAGAUCAACGACCAGUUCUCCGGCUGCGAGCAGCAGGACUCCCAGGAGCUGCUGCUUUUCCUCAUGGACGGCCUCCACGAAGACCUCAAUAAGGCGGACAACAGGAAGCGCUACAAGGAGGAGGAGAACGACCACCUGGACGACCAGAAGGCUGCGGACCUGGCCUGGAGCAAACACAAGCUGCUGAACGAGUCCAUCAUCGUGGCGCUGUUCCAGGGCCAGUUCAAGUCCACCGUGCAGUGCCUCACCUGCCACCGCAAGUCCCGCACCUUCGAGACCUUCAUGUACUUGUCGCUGCCGCUCGCCUCCACCAGCAAGUGCUCCCUGCAGGACUGCCUGCGGCUGUUCUCCAAGGAGGAGCGACUGACGGACAACAACAAGGUGUUCUGCCGACACUGCAAGGCCCACCGGGACUCCACCAAGAAGCUGGAGAUCUGGAAGGUCCCGCCCAUCGUGCUGGUGCAUCUCAAACGAUUCUCCUACGAGGGCCGCUGGAAGCAGAAGCUCCAAACGACCGUGGACUUCCCCCUGGAGGGCCUGGACCUAUCACAAUACGUCAUCGCCCCCCGACAGAACCUUAAGAAGUACUGCCUCUACGGGGUGUCUAACCACUACGGGGGUCUGGACGGGGGCCACUACACCGCCUACUGUAAGAACGCCCUAAAGCAGCGCUGGUACAAGUUCGACGACCACGAGGUGUCGGAGAUCUCAACCUCCCACGUCAAGUCCUCCGCCGCCUACAUCCUCUUCUACUCCACGCUGUGACGGGGCGGGGGGGCGAGCGGGACGGACCGACACACAACUGGAGCAGUGGCGCUCUGAACUCUGAACAGGACACCGCGGGGGGGGAUCUGAGACGGGGGGAGGGUUGCGGCCCGGUCUGGGGGAACCACGAGACACUGUUCUGUCAGGCUUUGCUACCUAGACCUGCCCCCCACCCAGACACACACACACACACACACACACAUACGCACACACACGUAGAGGCUAACGACGCAGCUCACAUGGUAAGCGCGUGGGGGGGCCUGUGGAGGUCCAGGGUGGGACUGUAUGGGGUCCCGUGUGAGACAGGACUCUUUUCGGUGUUAGCAGGCCUUAGUUUUCUUUAUUUUGCGGGACUUUUGUUAUUCUUGUAUUACUGUGAAUAUAUUUAGCAUUUGAUUGGAAAUAAACUUGUCUAUACUUCAUACCAAUUAAUAUUGCACUCGUUGGAAGGAAGUUUGGUUGUCAAAUGACAGUUAUUUUUGGUUUUAUCCAUACUAGUUUUUAAUAAACCAUCUGGUUUGAGGAUUUCAACUUGAUUUUCUUUAUGACACUAGAUAAAGUAAAGCUGCCUUUAGCUCUUAGGGGCGUUCUAAUGUUAACCAUAUUAAUCCAUCACUUAUCCAGUAUGCAAUUUAAGAGUUUCUUCUUUAGGACAGAAUAGGCCUGAACUUGGGUUCACGUUGGUGUAGAUCAGCCUGAUGUACAGUGUGGUUCUCUGUGGAAUACUAAUGUCAUCAGCGGGUUGAACCAGUAAACUGCUGCAGCUGAAAAUGCAGAUGUGACUAAGACAGUGUGAUGGUUCAUCCUGGAUGAUCGCUAUCUUCAUAUCUCCACAGCUUGGUGCUUAGAUGUUAGUCUAUCUGUAGCACCGAGAGCUGGGGCUGAGCCAUGAUCUUUCCAUAUAUACUCAUGUCCCCAGCUCUCUGAAGGUCUGGAGUUGAAUCUACUGUUUGACGGACUAUGCGCUGAUGUUUGAUUAGCUGUCCCACACAUCGCCUCUUCUGUCUGAAAACUGUUUUCUUGUUUAGCAUGAGACCAUAAUAUGUUCACUGUAUAGCCAUGUAAAUUCACUUUAUAUCAAUAUAAUUAUCUAUUAUGCUAACCUCGAACUACACAUAUUUAUUAAAACUGCUUCAAUUAAACGUUGCAUCGGACUCGUUUUUCAUUAUUCUCUCCUGGGUAGAUUGUCCGACACUUUACUGGGAAGGACAGGCCUUUUGUGUGAGUAUUUGAGCUAAAAUAAAUGUUAUUAUAGAAUGAAAUGUGCAAUACUUUUUCAUCAUUUGUUUCAGGGCACCAGAUAACAGACCUAAUAUAAAGCAAAUUGCACCUCCUAAUGGAUAAAUAAGUCAUUGCGACACAUUUUGCAAUAUUGACAUCAAGUACUAAGAAUGAGACCAAGUAUGGAUUGUGUUUGUGAGCAAAGUAAAACACACAACACACAUU